ACUUAUUAAAGGAAGUUAGCCAGCUAACAUAGUAAUAUUAAAAUAACAAAAUUGUCCUCAAGUAUACACUUGCAAAAUUUCCCUUAUAAAUUAUCAUCAAGUAAAGUAGAUUAGAUAGUACUGAAGCAACACAAAACAAACUUUAUUUCAAUGUAAUUAAGCUGCAAAAUGGAAGUUCCAUUACUUUUUUUAGCACUCUUCAUCUUUUCCCUCUCAAUUACAUUAAAACUUCUUAAGAAAAAAACACCAACAAAUUUACCACCAGGACCUCCAAAGUUACCCUUAAUUGGUAACCUCCACCAAUUAGCAUGGAAAGCCACCGUCCCCCACCGCCGCCUCGCCGAGCUAGCGAAAGUUUACGGCCCUAUCAUGCACCUUCGCCUAGGGGAAAUCUCCGCCGUUGUCAUAUCAUCGGCGGAGUUGGCGAAGGAGGUGAUGAAGACUCAUGACGCUGUUUUUUGUAAUAGGCCGCCACUUAUGGUGGCAAAAGAGUUUUUUUAUGACUCUACGGACAUUGGUUUGGCUCCCUACGGUGAAUACUGGCGGCAAGUGCGGAAGAUCUCGGUGCUUGAGCUGUUUACGGCGAAGAGGGUGGAAUCGUUUCGGCCGAUCAGGGAAGAAGAAGUGGCGAAUCUUAUGGAGUUGCUGAAGUUGGACGAAGGAUCCGUGGUUAACCUUAGCAAGAAACUCUUUGGCCUCACGUUCAACAUCACAUCUAGGUUAGCGUUGAGUAGGAAAGGCAAAGACCAAGAAGAAUUCCAAGCUCUUACAGUUGCUGUGUCACAGGCUGCUGCUGGUUUCUCUAUUGCAGACGUAUAUCCUUCGGCGAAAUUGCUUCAUUCAAUAAGUGGGAUGAAGAAAAAAUUCAAAGAGCUUGUUGAAGAAGCCAAUAGGAUACUUGAUCCUAUAAUUGAUGAGCACAAGUUUAAGAAGAAAGAUGGUAAAGACGAUGAAGAUUUGGUGGAUGUUCUUCUUAAGUUUCACAAGGACAACGUCAAAGAUCCUAAUGACUUCUUUUUGACUACAGAUAAUAUUAAGGCAGUUGUAUUGGAGCUUUUUGGUGCCGGAAGUGAGACCUCCUCGACGGCAAUAGAAUGGACAAUGUCUGAACUACUAAAGAACCCAAAAGCAAUGGAGAAGGCACAAGUAGAGGUGCGACGAGUAUAUCAAGGACAAUCGAUAGUUGAUGAGACAAAACUACACGAGCUCACUUACUUGAAACUAGUAAUUAAAGAAACAUUGCGACUGCAUCCUCCACUGCCUCUUUUAUCCCCUAGACAAUCUAGGAGAGAUGUCAAGUUCAUUUAUGACAUACCUUUUGAAACUCGAGUCCUUAUUAAUGCAUGGGCUAUCGGAAGAGAUCCUGAAUAUUGGUCGGAGCCUGAAAGAUUCAAUCCAGAAAGAUUUGAAGAUUGUACGAUAGACUAUAAAGGAACAAAUUUUGAGCUAAUUCCAUUUGGUGCAGGGAGAAGAAUGUGCCCUGGUAUAGCACUUGGUAUAGCAAAUGUUGAGCUCCCAUUAGCUAUGCUAUUAUACCAUUUUGAUUGGAAACUACCUCCUGUUAUUGAAAGACCUGAAGAUUUAGACAUGGAUGAAUCUUUUGGCAUAACAAUUAGAAGGAAAAAUGAAUUGCAUGUAAUUCCUACUUUAAAGUGAGAUAUUUGUAACGAAAUUAACAUGAGUUUUUCAUUAAUGAAAUCCAAAUUCCAACAUAAUAAGUGUAGCUCAUAGAUGAAUUGACACCUUCAUUUUCAUACUUUUUAUGUUCUUUUUUAGUUGCAA